GGCCGGCGCCAUGGCCGAGAGGGGCCGCCUCGGCCUCCCCGGCGCGCCCGGCGCGCUCAACACGCCGGUGCCCAUGAACCUGUUCGCCACCUGGGAGGUGGACGGCUCCAGCCCGAGCUGCGUGCCCAGAUUGUGCAGCCUGACUCUGAAGAAGCUAGUGGUCUUCAGGGAGUUGGAGAAGGAGCUCAUCUCCGUGGUGAUCGCUGUCAAGAUGCAGGGCUCUAAGCGGGUACUGCGUUCCCAUGAGAUUGUGCUGCCCCCCAGCGGGCAGGUGGAGACAGACCUGGCCCUGACCUUCUCACUGCAGUACCCUCACUUCUUGAAAAGAGAAGGCAACAAGCUGCAGGUCUUGCUGCAGCGCAGGAAGCGGUAUAAGAACCGGACCAUCCUGGGGUACAAGACACUGGCCGCAGGCUCCAUCAGCAUGGCGGAGGUGAUGCAGCACCCUGCGGAGGGGGGCCAGGUGCUGAGCCUCUGCAGCAGCAUCAAGGAAGCCCCCGUCAAGGUGGCCGAGAUCUGGAUCGUCUCCCUGUCCAGUCAGCCUAUCGACCACGAGGACAGUGCCAUGCAGGCCGGCCCCAAGACCAAGUCUACGGAUAACUACUCCGAGGAGGAGUACGAGAGCUUCUCCUCCGAGCAGGAGGCCAGUGAUGACGCCGUGCAGGGGCAGGACCUAGACGAAGAUGACUUCGAUGUGGGGAAGCCCAAGAAGCAGCGGCGGCCGCUAGUAAGGACGACGUCCAUGACCAGGCAGCAGAACUUCAAGCAGAAAGUCGUGGCCCUGCUGCGAAGGUUCAAAGUGUCGGAUGAGGUCCUGGACUCUGAGCAGGACCCCGCAGAACAUGUCCCUGAGGCAGAGGAGGAUUUGGAUCUCCUGUAUGACACACUGGACAUGGAGAACCCCAGCGACAGCGGCCCCGACAUGGAGGACGAUGAUAGUGUCCUCAGCACCCCCAAGCCGAAGCUUAGGCCGUACUUUGAGGGCCUGUCCCAUUCCAGCUCACAGACAGAGAUAGGAAGCAUCCACAGCACCCGGAGCCACAAGGAGCCCCCCAGCCCAGCUGACAUGCCUGAGAAGACCCGGUCCCUGGGAGGCAAGCGGCCAAGCGAUGGCGUCUCUGACACAGUGGCCCUCCAGGGUCUAGCAGUGUCCCGGGAGCCGUCAGUGCAGCCCGAGGACAGCCCCGAGGCAGAGGCCUCCACCCUGGACAUGUUCACCGAGAAGCUGCCGCCCAGUGGGAGGAUCACCAAGACAGAGUCCCUGGUCAUCCCCUCCACCAGGUCUGACGGAAAGCAGGCUGGUCGUCGGGGCCGGAGUACAUCCCUGAAGGAGCGGCAGCCAGCGCGGCCGCAGAGUGAGCGGGCCAACAGCCUGGACAACGAACGCUGCCCAGAGUCUCGGAGCCAGCUGCAGAUCCCCCGGAAGACAGUAUAUGACCAGCUGAACCACAUCCUGAUCUCUGAUGACCAGCUUCCUGAGAACAUCAUCCUGGUGAACACUUCUGACUGGCAGGGGCAGUUCCUCUCAGACGUCCUGCAGAGGCACACGCUCCCUGUAGUGUGCACGUGCUCCGCAGCCGAUGUGCAGGCCGCCUUCAGCACCAUCGUCUCUAGGAUACAGAGAUACUGCAACUGCAAUUCCCAGCCCCCAACACCCGUGAAAAUUGCAGUGGCGGGGGCUCAGCAUUACCUCAGUGCCAUCCUGCGGCUCUUUGUGGAGCAGCUGUCCCACAAGACUCCUGACUGGCUGGGCUACAUGCGCUUCCUCAUCAUCCCACUGGGGUCCCAUCCUGUGGCAAGGUACCUAGGCUCCGUCGACUACCGCUAUAACAACUUCUUCCAGGACCCAACGUGGAGGGACCUGUUCAGCAGGCUGGAGGCCCAGAGUGCUGUGCAGGACACGCCGGACAUUGUGGCACGCGUCAGGCAGUACAUUGCAGGGGCCAACUGUGCCCACCAGCUCCCCAUCGCAGAGGCCAUGCUGACCUACAAGCAGAAGAGCCCUGACGAGGAGUCCUCUCAAAAGUUCAUUCCCUUUGUCGGGGUUGUGAAGGUUGGAAUUGUGGAGCCAUCCUCAGCCACAUCAGGAGACUCGGAUGAUGCAGCCCCCUCUGGUUCUGGUGUGCUAUCUUCCACGCCACCAUCCACAUCUCCUGCAGCCAAGGAGGCCUCACCUACCCCACCCUCCUCCCCAUCGGUGAGCGGAGGCCUGUCCUCCCCCAGCCAGGGUGUUGGCGCUGAGCUGAUGGGGCUGCAGGUGGACUACUGGACGGCUGCACAGCCCACGGACAGGAAGAGAGAUGCCGAGAAGAAGGACCUGCCCGCCGCCAAAAGCACGCUCAAGUGCACCUUCCGGUCUCUGCAGGUCAGCAGGCUGCCCAGCAGCGGUGAGGCUGCGGCCACGCCCACCAUGUCGAUGACUGUGGUCACCAAGGAGAAGAACAAGAAGGUGAUGUUUCUGCCUAAGAAGACGAAGGACAAGGACGUGGAAUCUAAAAGCCAGUGCAUCGAGGGCAUCAGCCGUCUGAUAUGCACAGCCAAGCAGCAGCAGAACAUGCUGCGGGUCCUCAUCGACGGUGUGGAGUGCAGUGAUGUGAAGUUCUUCCAGCUGGCUGCCCAGUGGUCCUCCCACGUGAAGCACUUCCCUAUCUGCAUCUUCGGACACUCCAAGGCCACUGUCUAACUCCUUCAACCAAGGGGAUCAGUGUCCUGCCUCACAGCAGCCACUGCACCUGGAGGGCCCAGCUACAUUUCUGCUAACAUUUCAGUUUACGACAGAGACAAAUACUUAAAAACGCAAAGACAAACAGUCUUAAGUAUGAAUGUGCUCACAACUUGGAAACUAACGGGCCGCUCCCUGCUGGGAGGAGUGACCACUCUGCUUGUUAACCAGAAAGUUCCGGCAGGUGGCUGGGAGGCCAAGUUGAGGAUUGCAGCAGGUGCUCUGGCCUCAGGAGCCACCCAGACCCCCACAAGCCAGGGGGCUUCUUGCCUUCAUGUCCUGCCCUCCCCAAACCAAGACUCCGCUUCCUCAGGGAGCCUGGGUCAGGCACAGGCCACAGAGCUUGGUGGCCAGAGGCCGAGGAGCCCAGGGCCCACUAAAUGCCCUGGUGGGGGGUGUCCUGAGUUAUCCAUCAGAGCCACCUGCCUGAGAGCCACCCCCAGUGCCACCCACUCGUGGUUCCCAAUAAGGUUCCCAAUAAACUCCAGCCUCAUGGCGGAGGUUUUAUAGUA